CUUUUCUUUUACCUAAAUGACUGAAGCGUGAUCAUGCUGCCUGUGUGGCCGGGCAGGCAGGUCUUCUCUACUUAACUCUGGGGAAAAGAAUGUUGUUUUCUCUCAGGAGAAAACAACAUUUUUUCCUCUUCACUCCACAAGCUGCUGCUGACCACAAAGUAACAGAUAAGGAAGAUAACAACCCUUUACUCCCACAGCGACUGAUUUUUACCAUGUCAUCUCCAAAGCCGAUGGAUGAUACUAAAGUGAAAAGAGGAAUUGUGAUCGAUGAUGACUGGCCUGGCUACAGCCUGGAUCUGUUCACCUAUCCUGAACACUACCACCAUGACAUCGAGAACAUCUACAUCCCUCACGGAGUGAUCAUGAACAGGAUAGAGCGCCUGGCUCGCUACGUCAUGGAGGACUUUGAGGACAGCAAGAUCAUGGUGCUGUGCGUCUUGAAGGGAGGAUACAAGUUCUGUGCAGAUCUGGUGGAGUUCAUCAAGGUUCUUGGACGCAGCUCCAACCGGUACCUGGAGACACGGGUGGAGUUUAUCCGCCUGAAGAGCUACUUGAAUGACCAAUCAACAGAGGACCUGCACAUCAUCGGAAGCAGUGAUCUAUCUUUUCUACGUGGAAAGAGUGUGCUGAUUGUUGAGGCCAUAGUCGACACAGGAAAGACUAUGAAGGCUCUUCUGAAGCAUGUGGAGACCUUUGAGCCCAAGAUGGUCAAGGUCGCAGGUUUGCUGGUGAAGAGGGUCUCUAACAUGGCUGAUAGUUUCACAGACUAUGUUGGAUUUGAAAUUCCCAAUCGAUUUGUGGUCGGCUACGCCUUGGACUACAAUGAGUACUUCCGUGACCUGAAUCAUAUCUGCGUCAUCAGCAAAACUGGAAAGAUGAAAUACAAGGUUUAGAGAAUUAAAACGAUCCAUUAUGCUUUGUUUUAACAGAGCAUCAUAAACGUGUCAACCUUUUUCUGCAGUGUUACAGGUGUUUUCUUUUUUGUAAUUUAAUCUUUUUUUUUUUAUUACAAUUAUCCAUGCACUUCAAACGGAUUCUGUUUGUUGACCGGUUUUAUGCUUUGCUUUAAAAAAAAAUGUGCUACUCAGAGACAUUCACAGAAAAGAUGUGCAGAGGUUGAUAAAAAUGCAAAGAUUCAAAUAUCUAAUACCUCAUAAUGUAUGUAUUUAUUUAGGCCUUUGUAGCUCAAUAUGUUUCUGUGUGAGAUUGAGAAGCAGUUACUUCAUGAUUAUUGAUUAAACAAGGAGCAGAACAAAAAGCAAAAUAGAUUAAAUCUAUGAGGGGGCAAAUACUUUUAAUUUUUUUCCCCAGCCACAUAUUUGUAGAAUUGAGUUUGAUACGAUAAAGACAAAGAGGAAGAAAGAAAAGCUGCUCAUAACAGGAGGACAUCAGUGACAGAUGGAGGGAGCUUAUGGACCUUGGCAUCCUCACCUUUGGAUGAUGCCCACUCUGACUCAUGGAAAACAUAGUGGGUGUUGCCUUCUGGGGAGUCUUUAAGCAUUUUAAAUGCUUGUUCCAACUUUUAGUGGAAUUAGAAUAUCUUCAACUGCUAACAACAUAAAGCCAUCCAUUUUGCUAUGUUUUAUAUUCUGUUAAGAGUAAUAAAAGGUAUGUUUCUA